GGUACGGCUUCGGUGGCGCUGGCUGGUCUUCUCGCCACGCAGAACGCCAUUAAUAAACCCAUCACAGAGCAAAGGGUUCUGUUCCUUGGUGCUGGAGAGGCAGCUUUAGGUAUUGCAAACCUCAUUGUCAUGGCCAUGAUGGAGAACGGCAUCUCAGCAGAGGAGGCUCGAGAGAAGAUAUGGAUGUUUGAUAAAUAUGGAUUACUGGUCCAGGGACGUGAUGAAGGCGUAGAUGGUAACCAAGAGUCCUUUGCACACUCCUCUCCUGAUCAGUCUGUGAAAAGCUUUCUGGAUGCCGUCAAUGUUCUGAAGCCCACAGCCAUUAUAGGUGUUGCUGGGGCUGGAAGACUGUUUCCAGAAGACGUUGUUAAGGCAAUGAAUGCAAUUAAUGAGAGGCCGGUCAUAUUUGCUCUCAGUAAUCCAACCACAAAGGCGGAGUGUACGGCGGAGGAAGCGUAUACAUGGUCAGAGGGUCGCUGUCUAUUUGCCAGUGGAAGUCCCUUUGAUAAAGUGACCUUAAGUGAUGGGCGAUCCUUUAAACCUGGACAGGGUAACAACGCCUACAUCUUUCCAGGUGUGGCCUUGGCGGUUAUCUUGAGCGGGGUGCGGCACAUAAGCGACCGUGUAUUCCUUGAAGCUGCAAAGGCUUUGGCAGAACAGCUAACAGCCGAAGAGCUGGACCAGGGCCGUCUGUACCCACCGCUGUCCAACAUCCGCGAGGUCUCCAUAUAUAUCGCUGUUAAAGUGAUGGAUUUUGUUUACAGAAAUGGCAUGGCUUUCCAUUACCCAGAGCCUCUAGAUAAGGAUGCCUACGUGCGUUCCAAAGUGUGGAGCACCGAGUACGACUCCUUCUUACCGGAUAUCUACGAGUGGCCAGAGUAUGCAUCCAAGCCUCACAAAAUGUUCUGA